AUGUCUGAGGACAGGGAUGGAUCAGAAGCAUCCCUUCCGUCCGGGGCAUCAGAUGGCAAACACCAGCAGAGGAGGAAAGCGGCCUCUGAGAUUAAGCAGCUGAAACCCAUCCUGACCAACGUGUACCUGAGGACAUCCAGAUCUCACCAGGGAGUGAUUGCAGGCGAAUCUUUGCUCGAUAAAGGAAAGAUUCCAAGAGAGAGUGAAGAAAGAAUUCGGUUGCAAGCAGCGCAGGGUGAUCUGAAGAAACAUUCCCGUGCGACUACAGACCACUUUGAUGAAUCGCUUCCAACCGCUUUUCAGGAAGAGAGUUUUGACAAUCAAACAGAAGGAAAUACCGCUUCCAGUCACUUCAGUGACACCGACAAAGAACGUCUUCAGAUAUCUUCAAAUAAGAAUCACAAAAGAAGGAUGGAUUUAACAGACAGCGUCGGCAGUGAUACUGAGCACCGAAGUGCUGCUCUGUCAGGUGUAAAAGUAACAAGACUACGGAAGAAAAAGUCUGAUGGUAGAGCAUGGGGAAGAGAGCCAGAUGAAAGUGAAACAAGCAGUGACGUCCAGAACAAAGAGAAGCAAACCCGUACCUUAAGAAAAAAUAGAGAUUUGUACAGAAGUCAUCAAAAUUUGAUGGAUUUGAGAGAAAACCAUGAAGACAGAACGCAGGAAACUGCCGAAGAUAUUCAUCAUCACCACCAUUUUGAACAUGGUUCUGAAGAAGAAUGUGGAGCAGAAGGUGAAAAACAUAUUCCUGUCUUUCAUGCAGAAAAGAAGGUUAGAAAAGUAGAAAAAGAUGAAAAAACGGUUGAUGAUGAUGAACAUGAAAGUUUAAAUGAAGAUGCGAAGAGAGAUCGUCGCAGAAGUUCAAUUAAGUAUUAUAAUAAUUGUCAUCGAAUUCAUCAUAGAAGACAUUCUAAAGAGCAUCAUGAUAUAAAGUAUGUCUGCAGCGAUUGCGCAAAAGCAAGUAUAGAAGGAUCUGAGAGAAGGAAAAAGAAUUCUGAGUCACGUGGGGCAGACAUACGUAAGGAAGAACGCUCUUAUCUUUCAGAUGACAAAGAACAUAAUAGUUCACCUGAAGUUCAAAUACGGAGGACCAGUUCAAAACAGUUUCUAGAAGUUCCAUCACAACAAGUAGUCAUUAAAAGCAGGAGUAAUAGCGAAGAUAAAGAGAAAGACAUUGAUGAAGCUGAUGUGAAACCACGACAUCACCAUCGUCAUCACCAUCGACACCGACGUCACCAUCACCACCAUCAUCAUCAUCUAAAAGACGAAAGCGUUUUAGAAGAUCAUCAUUCCCAUCAUAAACAUAGAAGAUACCAUCACAGGAAAAGAUCGCGUUAUGCCACGGAUGAUUUCGGGAACAUUCCAGAGCGUAAAAAUUUGUCGGAUGGUGAAUUUCGUUUAGGAAAAGAAAGUAUGUACUCGAGCCCAGACGAUCAUCGAUCAAAGAGCGAGAUGUCUACACUGCCACAAAACAUAAUUGAUGAUAACGAAAUGGUUCCACUAAAUUCCCGAAAGUCUAAAUAUACAUUGGAUGAUGAAAGCGCACAUAAAGAUGAAGAUAACGAAAGGGAAGAUAGAAAACCUGAUGAUUCAAAACAGUUGAAAAGGAAGUCACACACAGAAGAAUCUCUAAAAAAUAAUACAAUUGAAAAUGAAACUGAGAUUGGUAGAGAAGAUAUCGAGGAAAACAUAGGAGAAAAAGAAAAAGACGCUGCUUCAGGCAAAGCUGACAAUAAAAUUGUCCAUAACGCACCUCAAACGAAGAAUAAGAAAAGCUCUCCAGAAAGAAAAAAGAAAAAUGCUUCACACAGCAGUUUGAAGACAACGCCCAAAAAGGAAAAAGUUCAAAUGCCUUUAAAAUUGACAAAGAGUCUUUCUGCUAUUGGACAAAAAUCGAAAGAAGAUCAAUCCUCAAAAAACAAAAGUAAUUCAGCAAAAACCGAAAAAAAUUCAGAACUUCCAAAAAUUAAAGUGUCUUCAGUGGAAGAGGACAUUAUGACACCCGAAAUCGUUUUUCCUCAGGAUUCAAACAAAAGUAAAACCACUAAAAAUGACAAAAGUGUCAAAAGUCAACAAAUAUUACAAGUUGAUAAAGUAAGCGAGAAAGACAAAGAAAUGAAAAUAACUGCAGAAGAAGAAAUAGAAGAAGACGAAGUGCAAUCUCAAUCUGAAACUGAAAGAAUUGAUAUCGGAAUAGCUGCGGAAGAAGCAGUGAAAAAUGAAGUACAGAACAUAAUAAGCAUGGCAGAGUCUGAAUUUAAAAAGAUGAUGGAAAAUGUUGAUGAAAAUUCGGACAUAUGUUCUAUUCACGAAGAUGAUUCCAAAAUUGAGGGUGAAAGUUUGAAGCCACAUGUAAAGUUUAUGCAAGAUGAGCAACAGGAUAUCCUCACAUGCAAUGAAGCAGAGGAGAACAGAAGAAAUGAUGUUGAUCAUGAUAUGGAUGAAUUUUCUGAACCAGAAUCGACGUCAGAAGCCGAAACUAAAUUUAGUGCAGACGAUAGCGAUGAUGUUCAACCUGAACCAGAUUUAGUCGACUUACAUCUACUAACAGGCGAACAACAGGAAGCAGAAAAAUUGGGCAAGAGAUGA